AUGGCAGCGACGACGACGACGACGCCACUGCUGCGCGGAACGCUACUCGUCCGGCGUGAACACGAGGACUGGCGCCCACGGCUCGUCGAGCUCGAUGCCCACCGCCUCAUUCGCGUGCUGCGCAUCUCGGAUGUCCAUCAUAACGUGGCGCAAGCAGAGGUGAUCUUGACAGACCGCGAUGCGUGGAUACGAGUCCAGGACGUCGGCGUGCACCCGCAUUGCUUUGUGCUCAAAACGAAGGACACGCGCGUGCUGCUCGCCGCGACGAGCGACGACGGCAUGUGGCGAUGGAUCGACUUUUUGCUCGAGCACCAUUGCGCGUCGCUCGUGGAGGCCGACGACAUGACGCGGCCAUCGCUUAUGCUUUGGCGGCAGUCGUCGCUCGACGAACGCAUGACGCAGCGCGAGUCGACGCUGGAUUUGAGCCAGAGCGUGCAUUUCGUGCCACAAGAAACCGACUUGGCCGUGCUCGGCGCCGAGGUCCAACGCGUCAUGACGUCGCAACUCGGCAUGCAGCUGCUGUCGCUGCCCCACGAGACGGCGCUCUCCAAGUGCCACGUCUUCGUGUCGGACGGCUGGCAGCGAGCGUCCAAGUUGCUCCUCCUCAUUGGCAAUGCAAGUCCCCACACACCGCCGGGCAUUUGGAGCCGCCACGGAUGUACGAGGCUCGGCACCGAACGCGGCUCGAUGCUUCCUUACCUUGUGCGAGCGCACGCGACCGGCUUUGGCACCAUCGUCUUGGACAUGGGCACGCACUCCAACAUCUUUGCCACGGGGCGCGGCCGCGUCAAAGUGCCGGUCAAAGGCAACGAGACGCCCGAGGCGCACAUCAAGUACGUCUGGACGCAGCUACUGCCGGCGACGACGGCGCGCGACGUCGUGGCGAUAGCGUACGGCCACGGCGGCACCGCGGUCCAGGACUUUCUCCAUUUGCACCCGCCGUCGCUCGCGUCCUUGCGCGCCGUCGCGUUUCUCGACUCGCACCACACGCCCGAGGACGAUGUCGUCGGACGAUUUCUGCGGGCGCGCAGCGUCUCGUGGGAGUGCUGCGGCACUGUCGCGACAGGCGCGCCGCUACACAAGGUGCCGCCGAUGCGCCGCACGGAGCUCUUUGACGCGCAGGUCGCGGGAUGGCGGCUCUCGACAGGCCCCGACGAAGAUAUGACGCCCCUCCUUGCCCUCCCCAUGGUGUUCGAGUACCUCGAGUUUUGCUUGGACGUAGACGACGACGAGAGCCCCGGGGUCUGCUCGGACCGCUGGGUCGCAAUGCGCGUCAACUAA